GAUAGAAAGAAAGAUGCCAGAUUGUGCGGAUGACGACGAUUCUAGUUUUCCCAUGUCCAAAGUGUUUCCCCGUCCUUGACUUACUUUGCUUCUCUGAAUCUCAAAGCCAGUUCUUCUCUGAACUCUGACACAGUUUUUCUGUGGCGAGGAGAAUCAAAUCCAUCCAUUGCUCAAUGCAGAAGCAGAACAUUCUUCACUCGGAGUACCUAAGAUUUGGCAACGGAUUGGUUAAAUCGAGUGCAAUUCCUAGAUGGAUCUUGCGCAGCAAUGGAGUCGUCAGAUUGUCGUUUCUAAGAGCUGCUUCUUCUUCUACAUCAUCCAUGAGUAUAAACAAAAUUAGUUGCAGGCUUCAACAUGAAACAGCGAAAUGCUUAGGUCAGGAAAUCCAAGCGGGUUUAAGUGGCGAAAAUGAAGAAGAAGAAGAAGAUGUAUGUCCGGUUGAGUGUGUCACUGAGUUCAAGACAGAUGAUGAACUCCUUAGAGUCCUUGAGAAAGCGAAAGAAACUAAUUCUUUGGUUGUGGUUGAUUUUUAUCGUCCUUCUUGUGGGAGCUGUAAAUACAUUGAGCAGGGCUUCUCAAAGCUCUGCAAGCAAUCUGGUGACCAAGAAGCUCCCGUUAUCUUCCUUAAGCAUAAUGUGAUAGAUGAAUAUGAUGAACAAUCUGAAGUCGCUGAAAGGCUCCGUGUCAAGUCGGUUCCUCUCUUCCACUUCUACAAAAACGGACUUCUCUUGGAAGCAUUUGCAACUAGAGACAAGGAGAGGAUUGACGCUUCUAUUCUCAAAUAUACUUCCUCUGAAUCUCCAAGCACAUCUUGAUUAAACCGCAUUUUUGGUUAUCUUCCCCAAAAUCAUAGACAGUGAUGUAACUAGUAUAUUGAACAGCGGGAGCAAUCCCCAAACUUGUUGUAAAGAUGCCUAAAUGCCUUGAUCCUUUGCAAGGUAUCAUAUUCAUACUGAAUAAGACAGACGCAAAAUGUUUUCAUCU